AUGCCGCCGCCGCUGUUUGACGACGCUGAACGACGUCGAGCAAACACCAGCGUCCAAGGGGGAUGUGAGGAUGCCCGUCAUCCUCUGGAACACUCUCCCGCGACGACAGCAUCUGCCGCGUUUACUUCGUAUUUCUGGCGAAAUGACCAGUGGGCUGCGGGUGUCCACCGACGGCGGCUUUUACACCCGCCUCUAGCCCCUCGACGUGAUGUUGUUGCUCAAGCUACAGCUGCUUUUGCGCCUGCGGCCCUUCCUCCAGAGACAAGUACACUCAAAGACGUCGAGCUAGAGACGAACUAUCCACCUUCGCCUUCUGUCGUGCCAUACCGACCAAUCCCUCGUCUCACUCUCCCUCGUCUCAUCACAUGUUAUUCUCAACUCUCAAAAGACCGAUUAACGGUACUCAUAGUCCUCACCGCCAUGUCCUCCGUCGCUCUCUCCCCACUCCCAACGACCGUCCCCGUCCUACUUGCAACAGCACUCGGAACAGCACUCUGCUCCGCCUCCGCUAACACACUCAACCAAAUUCAGGAAGUACCCUUUGACGCUCAGAUGACUCGAACGCGAAAUCGACCACUUGUAAGAAGGGCGAUGUCGACCUUGCAUGCAACAGCUUUUGCGUUUGUGACGGGUGUAGCUGGUCCGAGUUUGUUAUGGGUUUGUGUGAACCCUACGACGGCAUUGCUUGGUGUGGCUAACAUCGCGCUGUACGCGGGUGCGUAUACGUACCUCAAACGACGGAGUAUAUCGAAUACGUGGGUUGGUGCUGUCGUUGGUGGUAUUCCGCCUGUUAUGGGUUGGACGGCAUGUGGAGGGCACCUACUUCCUUCAGUGGAUUAUCCUAUCCAUAUGUUCUUGCCAUUUACUUCUGCGGCCGCGUCGCUCCCUCCUGCGUUAGCGGAUAACCCACUCGCACCGAUCGCGCUGUUCAUGUUCCUCUACAGCUGGCAAUUCCCGCACUUCAACUCACUCUCGUACUUUGUUCGCGAAUCGUACGCCCGAGCGGGGUACCGUAUGCUCAGCGUUAUCUCACCUGUGCGGAACGCAGCUGUUGCGCUACGACAUGCGCUUCUGCUCGUACCGAUUUGCAGCGUACUCUUCCCGUUGAGUGGACUUGUUGGAUGGGGAUUUGCGCUGACAAGUCUUGUGCCUAACGUCAUUUGCGUUCGACAUGCGUAUGCAUUUUGGCGUGUAGGUGGGAAUAGCGAGAAGGCGGCAAGGAAGUUGUUUUAUACGUGUUUGUGGUACUUGCCUGUUGUUAUGGCUCUUAUGAUGGUACAUAAGAAUGGGCUUGAUUGGACGGGGUGGUUGAAGAAGGAGGAUUCCGACGAGAAAAAAGAGGAGUCCAGUAGGGAAAUGUAA